AUGUAUCGAAAGCCGACCUUUAGAAGGAAAGUGGAAUGGGACAUCGAUCCAAACAAAAUAUCUGUUGGAUCACUGCCGGAUUUACUAAAGGAUUUCCAUCUGCACGAAUAUUUCUCCAAAUUUGGCAUUAUCAGGGAUAUCUUUGUGUCUCAGGGGCAGGGUACUUAUCGUUUGGGUUUCGUUACCUUCCGUGACGUGGAUUCCGUAAAGAAGGUGCUUGGGAACCAGCCACAUCAGUUAAGUGGGACUCAGGUCACUGUGUCACUCGCCAAGAGCAAACGCUCUGCGGACAAUGGGUGCCCUAAGCAAAAUGAUACCGGUUGCUCCAAAACAGAGGAUGCUUUUGCCGAUACUGAAGACUUAUUAUUAGAUAAAGAGGCCGUUGACUUCGACCCUAACUAUGCAACCAUCCUUGUCAGUCAGCUGAAACCAAAGGCCACCGAAGCCGAUCUCAGAGCCUACUUCUCCAAGUUUGGCACUGUUGCAGAGGUUGAAAUAAAAAUCAAUAGGGCCACGGGAGAAUCACGGGGCUUCGGGUUUGUGACCUACCUGGACAGAAGAUCCAUUGAUAGUGUUCUGAAUACCUGCCAUUUCCUGGAUAAGUGCCGAAUCAAGGUCCAACAAGCGAUUCGUCAUGGCAUGUCUCGUGACCACAACAUGCAUCCUUUCAACAGGAAAAUGCAGUGGAAAUUUAAUGUGAACAAAAUCUUCAUCAGAGCCCUGCCGAAAUCAAUAAAGGAUUUCCAUCUGCACGAGUAUUUCUCCAAAUUUGGCAUUAUUAAAGAUGUCUUUGUGUCAGAGGGGCAGGAUGCACGCCGGUGCGGUUUCAUUACCUUCCGUGAUAUGGACUCCGCAAGGAGGGUUCUUGACAACCAGCCACACCUGUUAAAUGAAACUCAAAUCACUGUGUCUCUCGGCAAGGUCAAACAAUCGGCAGAAACUGAGUAA